AGUAGACGUCGCAUUCGCUCAUUGGACGCUAUGGCAAGGUCAUGACUUCGCUGCGCAUGCGCAGAGCCAGUUCCCUGAGCUGUGUGAAUGUGGGACGAGAAGCAGCAAAUCUGAGCGCUUGCAGAAGAUUUAACAACCCGAUCAAGUGUUCAGACAACGGAUCGCGUGUUUUAUCGUGUGUGCACGGACGGAACAUCAUGACGAGCAGCUCGAAGCGGAAAGAAGAGGUUCAAGUGGUGAACGGAGGAGUAAAGCAGUCCACAUGGAGCAAAGCCAUCAGCUGUAAAGCAGUGUGGGACGAGAAGGAUGAGUUUUUAGAUGUCGUCUACUGGUUCCGGCAAAUCAUCGCUGUCGUAUUGGGUGUAAUAUGGGGUGUCGCACCUCUGAAAGGGUUUCUGGGAAUAGCCAUAUUCUGUAUCAUCAACGCAGGAGUCCUGUACUUGUACUUCAGUAGUUUCCAGCAGGUGGAUGAGGAGGAGUACGGGGGAACAUGGGAGCUCACCAAAGAAGGCUUCAUGACUUCAUUUGCUUUGUUUUUGGUGGUUUGGAUAAUCUUCUACACGGCGUUACACUACGACUGAGGACUGCAGGAAGCCCGUAGACCUGCAGAGACAGAGACGGACAUUUAUUUAAUGUGAUCCGGAAGGGCUGGAUGGAGCUACUUUUCCAAGGCGUCUAUAUGUGUUACCAGCAGCAUGUGUGAGCCUUGAGGAAGAGGUGCAUCGUGGGUACAAUGGGUACAUGUUAAUAACCUUCUUCGAACCCAGGGCUCGUUGAAUUUUGAAGCUGAUGUUUUCCAGUGCACUGCCACGGCAAAUGGGUUGAUAACUGUUAUUUCUGUUCGUCCUCUCUGCUUUUUCUUGUUUGAUUGCCGCCGUAUCAAGCAGGAUUUAACUUAAUUUUAAGUUUUUCUUAGUUUGUUUCACGAUUAGCUUCCAACACGGAUUGUCUUACUCUGUCAUGACCAGUAAAAUCAAAUAGGAGUGUGUAAAUUCUGUACAAUUCAUUUUAUUGAAUCCAUAAUGUAUUAAAGUAUUUCUUAUGUCUUGUUGAUGUAACAUACUGCUCAGUAUUUUAUAGCGUAUUCACGGAAAUGCGAAUGACCUGUAUGCCUGAUAUGAGUAAUGAGAUGUACCUGAGGCUGUGGAGAGACUAUUUUCUGGCUGAAAUGUUUUGGAGAAUAAAAUCAAACUGGGCUUUGUCUGCCCCACACUUUUCAACAGA